AUUGUGAUAAUAACAAAUUAACUGGAAAAAAAAGUGAAUGAACUACUACGGUCGAACCCAUGAUUUUAUUAUAAAAAUAGGGAGCCCUGAGGCCCUGACUUUGGUUCACCCGAAACUCAAUCCGACGGCCCGGUCCAUCUCGACCGUCCCUAUGCAAAGUUAUUACCGCAUUUAUUUAGUUUUCUCCCAAUUUUUAUCAGCUUUGUCGCCAAGAAUCCUCUCGUCGUUUAUUUCCAAGUUUUCUUCAUUUCUGGUCGUUUCAGGUCUCUUUCUUUCUCUCUCUCCCUCCAUUCCAUUUCCCCCAUUUCUCUCUCCUCUCCCUCCCUCCCUCUGUUUCUCUUCCCCCUGGCCGUUUCGCCACUCCUCCACCCGCCGUCCCGCCGCCGCCGCUUCAGUUUCUCCAGGGGGAAGCGAAAUCGGCGCAUUCCCCGCCGAUCGAAUUUCUCCACCGCCCGAUUCUCCUCUCCCUCCGUCAGAAGAAGAAAAGCCAUUAGUAUCAAAACGGUAAUGCGGAUCGUUUCCCGCAAAGACAAAAGACACGCAAUGCGCGGCGGCGACUUCGAUUCCUUCUAGCGCCGUCCACCUCUCAGUCAACCGCUUUUCUACCUCCGCCGGCGGCGGAGGAAGGGAGGAAAGGAGAGUAAGAAAGAGGCAAUAAAUCAACAAUGUCGGUGCCGGCGUGGCUGGAGUCGCUGCUGAGCACUGCCUUCUUCUCCGUCUGCCGGGUCCACAGGGACGCCGCGAGGAGCGAAUGCAACAUGUACUGUCUCGAUUGCAAAGGCGAGUCGUUCUGCUUCUACUGCCGCUCUUCCCGCCACAAGGAUCAUCAAGUCAUCCAGAUUCGGAGGUCUUCGUAUCACGAUGUGGUGAGGGUCGGGGAGAUACAGAAGGUGCUGGACAUCAGCGGGGUACAGACGUACGUCAUAAACAGCGCCAGAGUUCUGUUCUUGAACGAGCGGCCGCAGCCCAAGUCCGGGAAAGGCGUCGCCCACAUUUGCGAGAUUUGUGGGCGGAGCUUGCUCGACACAUUCCGCUUCUGCUCGUUGGGUUGCAAGCUUGUAGGGAUAAAGAGGAAUGGAGAUGCUAGCUUUAGCAUGGAAGGCAAGAAUGUAGGAGGAGGAGAUGUGCAAGGAGAAGCAAUAGAAGAAGACGGCUCUACAUUGUUAGGGAUGCAAGAAAGAAUAAUGAUGAGGAGAAGGGAAGCUCAAAUAUCUUCAAGAUUAACAAGCACAUCAUCGUCAAGGGAGGAUGAUCAAGAAUUGCGCGAAGGCACACAACAUGACAUCUACCCGACCACACCUCCUCCACCUCCUUCCAACUCAAGACGAAGAAAAGGCAUACCUCAUCGUGCACCUUUCUUUGCUUCCUAAUCCUUCCUAAAUCUUAUUGUGACUAUUGUCAUUAUCAUUAUUCCUUUUGGGUAUAUUCAUCCUACACACACAAAAGAUACUCUCUUCCUCUCUUUCACCCUUCCUUUCUUGCACAAAAUUCACCCCAUCUUUAGUGGGUAAGAAAGAAAGGGGAAGAAAGAAGGUAAGGUGGAAAGAGGAGGUGUAUAUAUGACCGUAUAGAACACUAUACAUCAUAUAGUGGCCUUAUAUGCCCUUCUUUUGCUUUUAGUUUCUUUAAAAACCAAAAGGGGUGGUGAGUAAGUUUCCCCUUUAGGGUUGGAGGACCCAUUAGGCCAACAUAACACAAAGCCAAGAGAAAGAAAAGAAAGGGAAGACAAAGAAGAAUUCUUUUUUUUUUUUCUCUCUUGUGAAUUGAGUAGCAAUAAUGCAACCCCAAAAUUAUUUAAUGCUUGUGUAUACACUUGUUAAUUGUUAUAUAGUGAUUGAUGUUUGCAAUGCAAGGUUGUAUAUUGGCGCUAAGAAAAUCUAAAAGUCAUCUUCUUUUGUGGAAUCCGUUUCAUAUAAGGGUUUCUUUCUUGUAGUUUGCUUUCCAUUUUUCUUUUCGUUGGGUCCACUCAACCACAUGGGCAGCACAUAAAGAAAACUACAUUUCCCCUUUCCUCUUU